CUCCCCCCGCCUUCCUGCCUGCACCACGUUCCACUCAGAUCGUCUCUAAAGGGAGUUCUUGGUUUCCUCCGAUUUCUUAUGAACCCAGGAUGGGCAGCAAGGAAGAUGCGGGCAAGGGGUGUCCGGCGGCCGGCGGCGUCUCCAGCUUCACCAUUCAGUCCAUCCUGGGCGGGGGCCCCUCGGAGGCGCCACGGGAGCCCGCCGGGUGGCCCUCCAGGAAGCGCAGCCUGUCGGUGUCCUCGGAGGAGGAGGAGCCGGACGACGGCUGGAAGGCACCCGCCUGCUUCUGCCCAGACCCGCACGGCCCCAAGGAGCCGGGCCCCAAGCACCAUCCCCCCAUCCCCUUUCCUUGCCUGGGUACUCCCAAGAACAGCGGAAGUGCGGGACCGGCGAGCUCGGAGCGCACGCCUUUCCUCUCUCCUUCGCACCCGGACUUUAAGGAAGAGAAAGAGAGGCUCCUGCCCGCGGGCUCGCCGUCGCCGGGGCCCGAGCGGCCGCGGGACGGCGGAGCCGAGCGGCAGGCAGGCACCGCUAAGAAGAAGACGCGCACGGUCUUCUCGCGCAGCCAGGUGUACCAGCUCGAGUCCACCUUCGACAUGAAGCGCUACCUGAGCAGCUCGGAGCGCGCCUGCCUCGCCUCCAGCCUGCAGCUCACCGAGACCCAGGUCAAGACUUGGUUCCAGAAUCGCCGCAACAAGUGGAAGCGGCAGCUCUCGGCAGAGCUGGAGGCGGCCAACAUGGCGCACGCGUCGGCGCAGACUCUGGUGGGAAUGCCACUGGUGUUCCGGGACAGCUCGCUGCUGCGCGUGCCGGUGCCGCGCUCGCUCGCCUUCCCCGCGCCGCUCUACUACCCGGGCAGCAACCUCUCGGCCUUACCUCUCUACAACCUCUACAACAAGCUCGACUACUGACGGCCCGCCGGCCCGCCUGCUCCCCGGCCGCCCUGGCCCGUCUCUGGCUGCCUGCAAGCCUGGCGCAGGCUGCCCCUUGGCAGGGCUCCGGAGCAACGCAGCGUGUUUCCAGAAACUAUUAAGAAAUACACCAUGUGUAUUCAUUAUCUCUUAUUUAUGGCCUCUGCCCUACUUUUUGUUUUGAUUGUUUCGGGUAUUUAACGGCAUUCCUCAAGCCAGAUCGCCUGCUUUCUACCCAAAGCAAACCAAUACGCUUUGAAAACCAUUCGGAGGGGAUGUUCUCGGGUGGUGGUGGUGGGAAAGGGAGUUUCGGCCAGAUCGACCUUGAUUGGUAGGAAAAAAUCCAGAAAAACACCAACAAAACCAAGUACACUCCUCUCCCCAUAUAUACACCUGUAUAUAUGUACAUGCACACACGGCCGGCCACGCUAGCCCUCGGGGGCUUUAGGCAAUUAUCUCAACACCUGUUUUCGUUUCUCUCGUCCCGAGGAUGGGUAGGGACGAAAGGGGGAGAUUUUAGAUCUGUAAAUAUUUUUAAAGAGAAAAAAUAAAACAUUUUAAGC